AAUGGCCAAGUUGAAGACCACCAUUUCUCUCAUCACCCAAUACUAAAUUUAUUUCCUACACAUCACUUUGUGACAUAUCUAUUACUCAUUAAAAUUAACAAAAAAAAAAAAAAAAAAAAAAAAACUAUAUACAACUAGUGGAUAAUACUGCCAAAUGUUUUUGUUAAUCUUUCCCUCUUGCUUCAACUCCACACUUACAACCCCUUUUCCAUCAAAACACAUUCUCUAAUACCAACAAAAUUCAUCAUUUUCCACAAAAUCUAAUCCAAACGCAAACCUUUCUUAAUCUCCUAAGUUUUCCCAUCUAUGAUCUCAAAAACCCGUUUCCUAGUUUCCUCUAAUCUUCUUUUUCUUGUUCUAAUUUCAAUUACACUUAAAACAGAGGCUAAAAAAUGUUCAAAAUCAUGUUCUUCCCAUCAGACCCCUUACGAUUUUCCUUACCCAUUUGGCUUCUCCGCCGGCUGUCCAAUCCGCCUCAACUGCAGCCACGACGGCGCCGCCAUGAUUGGAGAAUUCCCUGUCGAGUUUAUUAACUCCGAUCAUAUCAAAGUUGUGAUUAAAGCGAAAUGCAACCGGGGGUUCCACACAAUUCACCAAUUCUUUAGCCCCCAUUACGCCCCAACGGCCAACAACGCUGUUCUUUUACAAAACUGUUCUUCUCCGAUUUCGACUUGCUUUUUGCCCACGACGAUGGUUCAGACCAAAUUCGAAUCCCCCGAUUGCUCUGUGAAUCGCUCAAGCAUAAGCUGCUAUACCCAAAACGCCACCGGGUCUGCCGGUUUCUUGGACUUCAAAAACCUCACCGGAACCCACUGCGAUUACCUUCUGUCGUCGAUUUCCGCGGAGGAGCUCAAUGGUAACAUCUCUACCGGAAUUUCUCUGGAAAUUCAAACAGUGGAUCUUGGGUGGUGGCUGCAGGGAGGCUGCCACCACUCCUGCCAUGAAGAUGCUAACUGUACAGAACUUAAAUCACCCAUUAACGGGAUGUUGUCUCAUCGUUGCCGUUGCCGGAAAGGUCUGAUCGGCGAUGGAUAUUUGGCCGGCACCGGCUGCCGGAAAGCCUUAAAUUGCUACACUACCAAGUACGCUAUCGGCGAAUGCGGAACAUCAACGACAGCCACAAGAACCGCCAUUCUCAUCGGAACCUUAAUCGGCGGAGCUUCCGUACUUCUUGCUCUCGCUUUAUUAUGCUUCUUCAUCCGCCGUCGUUCCAAUCCCAAAUCUAUACACCUCAACAAAAUCACCAAACGUCGCCUCUCCGAAGCCACUGCUGGCGCCGGCAAAUCUACCAUCCAUCUCUACACUUACAAAGAGAUCCAAAAAGCCACCCACAACUUCUCCGACGACUACCGUCUCGGCACCGGUGCAUACGCCACCGUCUACGCCGGUAGAUUACGCAACGGCGAAUGGGUCGCCAUCAAACGCCUCAAAAAUCGAGACCCCGACACUAUCCACCAAGUCCUCAACGAAAUCAACCUCAUCUCCUCCGUCAGCCACCCUAACCUCGUCCGUCUCCUCGGCUGCUCCAUGGAAUCCGGCGACCAAAUCCUCGUCUACGAAUUCAUGCCCAACGGUACUCUGUCUCAACAUUUACAAAAACAGAGAGGCACUGGCCUCCCCUGGCUCGUCCGUCUCGACAUCGCCAUCGAAACGGCUAACGCAAUCGCCCAUCUACAUUCUGCAAUUAACCCUCCGAUCUUCCACAGAGACAUUAAAUCCAGCAACAUACUACUCGAUCAGAAUCUCAAAUCGAAAGUAGCGGACUUCGGGCUUUCAAGGUUAGGGAUGGCCGAAAUUUCCCAUAUCUCGACGGCUCCUCAAGGGACACCGGGGUAUCUCGAUCCACAAUACCAUCAAGAUUUUCAUCUCUCCGACAAGAGUGACGUGUACAGCUUGGGCGUGGUUCUUGUUGAACUGAUCACCGCCAUGAAAGUAGUGGAUUUCUGCAGGGCGAAAGAGGAGGUAAAUUUGGCGGCUUUGGCAGCCGAUCGGAUAGGGAAUGGGCGGGUUAGGGAAAUUAUCGACCCGUUGAUGGAUAUGGAAGGAGAUGAAUGGGGAAUUUCGUCGGUAGAGAAGGUGGCGGAGGUGGCGUUCAGAUGCUUGGCAUUUCAUAGGGAUGUAAGGCCGUCAAUGGUGGAGGUGGCAGCGGAGCUGGAGGAGAUACGACGGAGCAGGUGGGAAGAAGGGGGAUUGAAAUGUAAGGAAAUGGAAUUAGUAGUUGAAAGUGGAAGCUCAAAGUCUAGCCAUGGAGGAGGAGAUUACUUUUCAAGAGGCUCUAUUGAAGAUUCAUGGCGGAGUGAACAGAGCUCGCCGUCGUCCAGUAGUUUGUUAAAUAAUGUCCUUUUAUGAUCCCAUUUUUGGGCCUUUCUUCUUCUUAAUUGAUUUGGGGUGACUUUCUUUGAUCUAUUUUUCAUAAAAGAAAAAAUAAAUUUGAAGUUUAAUUGAUACCAUAA